AUGGAUCUUGUCUCUCGUGAUAACCACGUUCUCGGGGUGAAUCGUGGAGCACAAGUGACGGGUGUUGCUUGUGCUUCUUUAGCCCUGCCGUGGAUUGCUGGUGUACUUCGAAUUUAUGUCAGGACCAGAAUUCAAAAGUUCUUUGGAUCAGAAGAUUGGUUGACUGUUGCUUCUAUGUAUAUUUUCGCAAGUGAGCUUCUUUAUGUCAUCACAAUGGCUAUCACGAAAGUAGCUAUCGGGGUUUACUUCCUACGACUUGCAAACAAACUAUAUCAAUUCUGGAUCAUCUAUAGCGUUAUGGCUUUGGCGCUUUCAGUCAGCUCGGCAUAUUUCAUCUUCGUGCUAUUGCAAUGUCAACCAAUAUCUUAUUUCUGGAAUAUGUUCGGCGACGGCACCGGAACUUGUUUGAGCACAUCAACUCGAGCUAAUGUUACAUAUGCACAUGCUGCCAUGAGUGCUGUAACGGAUUGGGCUUAUGGUACUCUUCCAAUUACAUUUGUUUGGAAGGUAAAGAUGAAUCCUCGCACAAAGUUAUCAGUUGUUCUUAUUCUAUCUCUCGGAUUCUUUGCAAGCACAGCAACACUGGUGCGUAUAUACUACAUCAACAAACUCAACCAAACCACCGACUACACCUGGGAAGGAAUCAAUCUCGUAAAAUGGUCCAUCGUCGAGCCCGCCAUCGCCUUAACAGCCGCAUCCUUCGCCACUCUCCGACCACUCUUCAGUUCCCGCUCUCAAAAACUAGGAUCGAGUCUCUACUCCAACAGCUCAAGCCGCAGUGGCAAAGACUCUCAGGAAACACUCCGCAAUUCCGAAGACGAAUGUUCGCAACAAUUCGCCGCGAUGCUGGGUCUAAGCGAGCGAUACGGCGUGCGCACAUAUGUAUACGCGGACAAGAAAAUCGUACCAAAAGAAGAUGUAGAAACGCAACGAUUGCAAGCAGCGUGGAAAAAUGAAGACUUGGACGAGUCGUUGGAAGCGAGUGUUUUGCACGGAGCAAAUCAGGCUGGAGAUAGUAGUCGCUCGGCGGGAGAAACUAGUCCGACGGGGAACAGUGCUCCGAUUGAUUGGGCAAAUGGAUAUAAGACGACGGUUAUUACUCAGACGAGUGAAUGA